AUGGGGUAACUCUUCGUGUUUUGAAGAUAACUGUGGCGGCACUUUGGGGAAUGGAUCGAAGAGAAGGAAGAAUGGCUCUGGGUGGUUACAGUAGACCACACGAGAGCUGUGUAUGGUCCGAACGGCCCUGUCAGCGGGCGCUGAAAGCCGUGUCCUGAGACAGCAGGACUUGUAGCUACGAGGACAGGGCUGGAGAUGGGAUGGAUAGUGGGGGAGCAGAGGGGUCGGCAUCUCGGGAGGCUUCUCUCUCUGGUAGCGGAGUAAACAUCGGAGGUCAGCAGGAAGAGUGUUUGGGGAAGAGCACAGGCUCCGGACGCACAGGCUCAGCGGCCAUGGCUCACGGGCCCAGCCGCUCUGCGGCAUGUGGGAUCUUCCCGGACCGGGGCACGAACCUGUGUCCGCUGCAUCGGCAGGCGGACCCUCAACCACUGCGCCACCAGGGAAGCCCUAGCAGUGGGUUUUUCUUUUGGUAGUAAUCUUUUAAGAUUAUUUUCCAGUAAAUAAUAAAUUAUUUAUGUACUUUUGUCAUGCAUUAUUGCUUCUGUAGGGCUAUUGAUUUUUUUUGUCAUUAGUUUUAUCGAGGUAUAAUUUAUAUACAACAAAAUACACAUUUUAAUAGACAUUUGAGUUUUGACAAAUGUAUACAAUCCUUAUAACCAGCAACCCAAUCAAGAUUUCUGUCACCCCAAGGAUUCCCUUUUCUCUUUUGUAGCUACUAGCUACCUCCCAUCUGUAGCCUUAGGCAACCAUGGAUUUUCUUUCUGUGCUACAGAUUAUAUUUGUCUUUUUAAAUGUAUUCCUGGAGUCAGCAUGCUUGGAGUUGCAAACUCUUCUGGAUGGGGCCAGUUGGAAGCAUACAGUGUGUACUCCUUUCUGUCUGACUUCUUUUCUCAGUACAGUAUAUUCAAGAUUAUCCUUAAUCAGUAUGUUAAUUGUGUAUUUUGUGUUAGUAAUUCAUUCCUUUUUAUUUUUUAAAGUAUGGUAAAAUAUACAUAACUUAAAAUUUGCCAUUUUUCAGUGUACACUUCAAUGGCAUUAAUUAUAUUCACAUUGUUGUGCAACCAUCACUCUUAUUUCCAAAACUUUUCAUAACCCCAAACAAACUCUAUAACCUUGAAGCAAUAACUCCCCACUGCUCUUUCCCCUCAGCUCCUGGUAACCUCUAAUCUACUUUGUCUCUAUGAAUUUGCCUAUUUCAGGGCUGUACCAUUUUACAUUCCUACCUGCAUUGUACAAGGGUUCCAAUUUCUCCCCAUCGUCUCCAACACUUGUUAUCAUGGCCAUCCUAGUAGGAGGAUGGACUCAGGCAAGUUCUGGAGGAGAUGAAAGCUUUAUAUGAACAAAACCAAUCUGAUGUGAAUGAAGCGAAGUCAGGUGGACGAGGUGAUUUGAUACCAACCAUCAAGUUUCGACACUGUUCUUUGUUAAGAAAUCAGCGCUGCACUGUAGCAUACCUGUAUGACCGAUUGCUUCGGAUUAGAGCACUCAGGUGGGAAUGUGGCAGUGUCUUGCCAAGUGCUUUACGAUUUCACAUGUCUGCUGAAGAAAUGGAAUGGUUCAAUCAUUACAAAAAGUCCCUUGCUACCUACAUGAGGUCGUUGGGAGGAGAUGAAGGUUUGGACAUCACACAGGAUAUGAAACCUCCAAAAAGCCUAUAUAUAGAAGUGCGGUGUCUAAAAGACUAUGGAGAAUUUGAAGUUGAUGAUGGUACUUCAGUCCUAUUAAAAAAAAAUAGCCAGCACUUUCUACCUCGGUGGAAGUGCGAGCAGCUGAUUAGACAAGGCAUCCUGGAGCACGUGCUAUCAUGACCUCGCGCCAGAUGGCUGCUAAGGCUUCCCCCGUUCGAGGCUGGACCCAACCAAGGACACUUCUCCACCUCCCUCUCCACCUCCCCCAGGCCCACCACUUUUUGGUUUUAAAAUUUAGACUUUCUUUAACCAGGAAUGCUUGGCCAAGGAGUAUGGUUUGUUUUUCUUUUUCUUUUUUUUCAUUUGAACCUUAGUUUUUCUUUUAUUUAAUUUCCAAAUAUAAUUCUAUAACCUUCCAUGGUAAACAUAUUUUUGAAUCUAUGUUGUAUGCUUGCAUUUUGAAGCAUCAGUUCUCAAUAGAGAGUUUGAAUUCUUGCCAUACAGAGACUCCACGUAUCCAAUCUUCUGUCCACAGUUCUAGAGGGAAGUCCAGGAUCAAGGCUCUAGCAGAUUCUGUGCCUAAAGAGAGUGCUUCCUGGUUCAUACACCGCCAUCUUCUCAUUCUGUGCUCACAAGGUGGAAGUGGUUUAUUUUUCUAUUGUACAGGAUUCUCCCCUUUGUGUGGUAAGUUGUAUCUGUAAUCACAACAUUCCUACAAUUCCCAAAAUACUAUAUACAGUUCCCAAAAUACUAUAGUGUGUUUUUGUUUAAUGAAAGUAAAUUAUCAGUAUUACAUUUUAAUCUCCUUUAAACAAUGAGGAAGUUUCACCUGGCUGUAUAGGGAGAUAGGAGGUCCUUGUGCAUCUUGUGUUGCUGGAAGUGUGCAUUGUGCAAGCUGGGGAGCUGAAUUUCUGCAAUUCAUGUUCCCAAAUCACAUGGGCAGGUGGAGCUGAUGGCCUAUAAAAUUUUCAGUGUAUUUAAUGUUUAAUAACAUGUUAACUUAUCACCUGGCUACUUAGGAAGAAAAGAAGGACACAGUGGAUUUUGCCCAUUUCCAGCAGUGGUGGCUGAUCUGGCUCGUGCCUGUCUGUGAGCUUGUGGGGUGAGCACCAGGAUCUCCCCUUUGGAAAGGGAAAUUGAAAUUGGGGCUAGGAAAGGAGCUUUGUGCAGUCACAGUGACCAGAAAGUCACAUGAAGGGCUGGUCAGCUAAGUGGAGUGCAGUUUCUGUUGCCUGAUAAACUGAAAAUGGUAGACAUUGGAGAGGCACAGAGUGGUCUUGCCUGGUGGUCAGUGGCCUUUCCGCACUGGUCCGUCCCCUCCAUGACCAGUGACUAGAGCCAGUCAACAUAAAUCAAUAAAACCUACAAAAUUUUAACGUUUCAAC